AAAUCUUUGUUUUAGAUUUUCAAGGUUACGAAAUUUUCUUGUGCAGAUCGCUGGUUGCGGGGAGCUGAUACUGUUGCUUGCUCCUUGUUCCUUCUUUGGCGAAACCCUGACUCUCCUUUGGCUGAGUAAAGAUGAACGGCAGAGACGACAGUGAGGAGAAGGGUUUGCUGUGGAAACUUCCGGUGGUUAAGUCCAGGAAUCUCGGCAAGGUGGGACCUGCUUUUGGAGUUGGCGUCGGUUGUGGCUUCGGCGUCGGAGUUGGCCUUCUCGGAGGGGUGGGGCUUGGUCCUGGAAUACCUGGAUUGCAAAUUGGUUAUGGAUUUGGUGCUGGCUGUGGGGUUGGACUUGGGUUUGGGUAUGGAGUGGGGAGGGGAAUUGCUCAAGAUGAGAACAAAAGGCACUCAAAUGUUGGAAAUCCGUUCCGUAACUCAGGAAAUAUUCCUUCUCAGGACGAUAUUGCUGCACUUGUGGAUGAACUCGUCAUCAAUACCAAAAAGCUUAUUAGAACGACAACCAGAGAAAUUGAGAAGUGGAGAAGAUGAAUGGAAUUGAAUUUGCUGAUUUGUUUUAGGUAUAAUUGUUAAAACUAGUGAUAUAGCAAUUCAUAGCAACUACAAUAUAGCAUGUGUAGUCUGGUAUGAUAGUAGAUGAGAUGCUCAAAUAUAUAAGGAAUGUCAAUUCACAGCAACUACAAUAUAGCAUGUGUAGUCUGGUAUGAUAGUAGAUGAGAUGCUCAAAUAUAUAAGGAAUGUCAAUUCACAGCAACUACAAUAUAGCAUGUGUAGUCUGGUAUGAUGGUAGAUGAGAUGCUCAGAUAUAUAAUGAAUGUUCUUUUGUGUUA